CCGUGCGAGCAGCCCCUCAGUGUGCCCGAGCCCUCGCUUGCUCCCCAAACCGGCAGGCACCUCGCUGGUCCCCGCCGUUCUCCCGCCUCCAGCUGGCGCUUGUCACCUGUGUGGGAGCCGGAUCGAUCCAUGCGGCGCCCACACUCCACAGCCCGGAUCUGUUUGCUCAGGGAUUGCUCGGCAAACGCAGCUGGCAGCCACUUAUCACCGGGCAGGGCCAGCUGGAGCAACUGAGCAGGGGAUGCUCCCUGGGCGAACUGGUGCCCCCCUGCCCUGAUGGAUUUGUACCUCGGCUUCGUCAUUCUGGAGGGGCUCCUGGCCCUGGCCGUGGUGGGCACCAACCUGCUGGUGUGUGCCACGGUCUGCCUGCACCGGGAGCUGCGGAGCGUCACUAACUGUCUGGUGGCCUGCCUGGCGUUGGCCGACCUGGGCGUGGGCACCCUGGCCAUCCCCUUCUCCGUGGUGCUCAGCCUGGAGCUCACCCUCUGCUUCCACACCUGCCUCUUCCUGGCCUGCUUCCCGCUGGUCACCACCCAGUUCUCCAUCUUCCUGCUGCUGCUCAUCGCGCUCAACGCCCACCUGAAAAUCCGGCUGCCCAGCAGCUACGCCGUGUACGUGAGGAAGGGCCAGGUGCUGGGUGCCGUGGGCCUGGGCUGGCUGCUCUCGCUGCUGAUCGGCCUCUCCCCCAUGAUGGGCUGGAACCGCCUGGGGCACUACGUGGAGAGGAACCAGACCCUGGCUGCCAGCUUGGCUGCUGAGCGAGCUGCCGUGGUCCUCAUCGCCCGUGACCAGCCCUACGGCGGCUUCCUCUCCAAGGUGUACCCGGGGACGCGCGGGGCGCCCCGCUACAACCAGCUGCACGACGACCACCUGGGGCACUGCUCCUUCACCUCCGUCUUCGCCCCCGAAUACCUGGUCUACUUCGUCUUCUUCGCCUGCACGCUGCUGCCCCUGGGCACUGUGCUGGGUAUCUACGCCGACCUCUUCCGGCUGGUGCGCGGGCACUUCCUCACCCAGCCGCUGCGGGCGGCCAAGCGGGGGGAGCUGCCCAUGGCUCGCACCCUCCUCCUCCUGCUCGGCAGCUUCUGCGUCUGCUGGAUCCCGCUGCACGUCAUCUACUGCGUCCGGCUCCUCUGCCCCGGCUGCCAGAGCUACGCGGCCCUGGACCGCCUGGCCGUGCUGCUGUCCCACCUCAACUCCCUGGCCAACCCGCUGGUCUACGCCAUGAGGAAGAAGGACUUUGGGCGGGCGCUCAGGUCCGUCUGCCUUCGCUAUGUCCUGUGCUGCCCCAGCGCCAAAGUUCAUCCCCAGGGCCCGAGUGGCCGAAGAUAAGAAGGACCAAGACCUAUCCCUGCUCCCAAUUCCCCAGCCAGCGGGAGGGGCUGGCGGCCCGGAUCUGGACUUAGCACCCCGCCGAGCUCCUUGUCCUAUUUGUAAAGAGAAGGGGUGAUGCACCCCCCAGCCCCAAUCUCUGGUGCCUGCCCCCUCAGCAAUUCCCCAGCCAGGGGCUGGAUUUUCUUCUCCUGUCUUUGCGUCUCAGGGGUUAUUGUCUGUUACAUAUGGGCCCCAUCCUGGACAGCGCUGAGCCGCAUGGUUUACGCUGAGCUCCGGCCAUGGGUUCAAGGUCUUUGGGUGACAUCCCUGGCUAGGCGAG